AUGAGAGUACAAAAUCAACAAAUCAAGUGGGUAUCGGAAGGUGGAACCCGCAGGCCAGAAGAUACGUCAAAAGCUACUGCGGAAGAGAGAGGUACUGCUCGCAGUACGCCUGCGGGUGAUGACGGAUCAGGAUCAAAACCUCUUGUAGGAAGUUCUUUUCUUGAAGGUCCCAUGAUGGAAAGGAACAGCACCCCUCUAAGGAAACCAAUCAAUGUAGCCACGUGGAAUGUGCGUGGUAUGUCAGAUGGGAAGGUGGAAAUGGUGGAAAUGGUGGAGAAGGAGAUGGCUAUAAAUGAUAUUAAAGUUUUGGAAAUAUCUGAAUCAUGGUGGCUUGGACAAGGCAGAUUUACAUCAGACGAAGGAAAUACAAUCAUCUUUUCAGGGAAAGAAAGAGGAAGGAAGCGAAGGGGUGUGGGAUUCAUCAUAGAGAAGGCUACAGCUAAAUGUGUCUUGGGAUACAACCCGAUCAACGAGAGGAUUAUGACUGUGAGAUUACAAGGGCAUCCUAUCAAUAUCUCCAUAAUCCAGGUAUAUGCACCAACAGCAGAUGCACCGGAGGAAGAUAUCAUUGAUUUCUAUGAGAUGGUACAAGAUGUCGUAGACAGCAUUCCUAAGAAAGAUUUCCUCAUGAUAUUGGGUGACUGGAAUGCCAAGAUUGGUAAAACGAGGGAAAAAUCUGAGUUCAUUGGCAAUUAUGGUCUUGGCAGCAGAAAUGAAAGAGGAGAUCGAGUGGAAGAAUUUUGUGUAGCAGACAGCUUCAUCAUUGGCAACACGUGGUUUGAGCAUCAUCCCAGAAGACUGUGGACGUGGAUGAGUCCGGGAGAUAGAGCCAGAAACCAGAUAGACUACAUCAUGGUCAAGAAGAGGUGGCGAACUUCACUACAGAACGUCAAGACAAGACCAGGUGCUGACUGUGGCAGCGAUCAUCAGCUGCUUGUGGCUAAACUGAGACUAAGACUGAAAGCUAAGAAAUGUGAUUCAGCUCCCACAAGGUAUGAUGUGGAAAUUAUCCCUUCGCAAUUCUCAGUGGAAGUGAAGAAUAAGUUUGAGCUGCUGUUGAGAAACGAUGAAGCAGAGCAAACACCAAAUGAGCUGUGGGAAGACAUGAAAGAAACAGUUGAAAAUGCAGCAAAGAACCACAUCCCAAACAAAAGGAAGCGGAAACAACCAUGGAUCUCAAAUCAGACUUUUGACAUUGCUGAUGACAGGAAGAGGGCAAAAGCAAAACGCAAUAGAGGAGAAUGGACGAGACUCAAUAAGGCGGUUACAAGUAGUGUGAAGGAGGACAAAAGGAAAUACAUCAAGGGGAAGUGUGAAGACCUAGAGUGUCACAAGAACAACUCUAAGGCAGCAUUUGCAAUUGUGAAAGAAAUCACAAAGAAAAGAAUCCCAAGACUGGAUGUAAUUAAUGAUGAAAAUGGCAAAACACUGACGGAGAAUGAAGACACCAAGGAAAGAUGGGCGCAGUAA